AUGGAAAAUAAUUUCGGCAUUGGUGAUGUCAAUGUAGAAGAAGAUAACAAAACAGCGUUAUCAGUUAAUAAAUUAAAUGAAGGAAAGGAAUCAAUUCAAACAACUUUCUCAAUUUCUUCAUUUAAUAAUGAAAAUGAAUCUUUUAGUUCUUUAACUGACAAUUCAGAAUCUACAGAAGAAUUAAAUGAAAGAAAAUUAUCUCCUCGUUCAGCACUUAUCGCAUUUGUGGACCCUUUAUGUAAUCCAAAAAAACCGGUUAAAAUACAAUUUUCUGAUAUUUCAUCAGCAGCGUUUAAUAUAAGGGAUGGAAUUGUUAGAACACCCACAAUGAGAUCCAAAAGCUUUUCCUCAAUGUUCGGAGUCGAUCUUUACCUCAAACGAGAAUAUCUACAUGUAACUGGUAGUUUCAAGGAGCGAGGUGCUCGUUUUGCAUUAAUUCGUCUUAAUGAAGAACAAAAACGUAUUGGAGUUAUAGCAGCUUCUGCAGGAAAUCAUGCUUUAGCUUUAGCCUAUCAUGGUCAACAAUUGGGAAUUCCAGUUACUGUAGUUAUGCCUAAAUGUGCCCCCUUAAUGAAGAUAAAUUCUUGUGAUUCUUUUGGAGCUAAAGUUAUUUUACACGGUUUGAAUAUCCAAGAAUGUAAAUUACAUGCAUAUGAAUUAGCACAAGAAAAUAAACAAAAAUAUAUUAAUGGAUUUGACAAUCCUGAUGUUAUUGCUGGACAAGGCACAAUUGGAUUAGAAAUUUUAGAGGAGGUAAAAGAUGUUGAUGCAAUACUUGUUCCAGUUGGUGGCGGAGGUUUAAUUGCCGGUGUUGCUUUGGCUGUUAAAACACUUAAACCUGAAGUUUCCAUUAUUGGAAUAGAAUCAGAAAUCUGUCCAUCAUUCGCUAAUGCACUAAAUGGCACAAACGACCCUCUAUUUCCAGAUCAAAGUUUAGCCGACGGUUUAUCAGUCCCCACAGUAGGAAGCAAUGCUUUACUCAUUGCUCAAGGGUUGAUUGAUCAAAUGAUUACUGUUUCUGAAGGUUCUAUUGCUUUGGCUAUUCUUCGUCUUAUUGAGGUAGAAAAAUCAGUUGUGGAGGGAGGAGGCGCGGUUGGACUUGCUGCCUUGGUAUCUGGAAAGCUUGACCAUUUAAGAGGAAAAAGGUAUUUUAUAAAAGGAAGGUUAAAUAUGUAUGAGGGGUAG